AUGUCUUUUUUAUUACUUUUUUUUUAUUUUUUAAUAUUAAUCUCAGCAGUUUUUAUGGUUACUGUAGUUAACCCAAUAAAUGCAGUUUUAUUUUUAAUAAGUAUUUUCUUUAAUACUUCGAUGGUUUUUAUAUUGUUGAACAUUGAUUUUUUAGGAUUGUUAUUUUUAAUGAUAUAUGUUGGAGCAAUAGCGGUAUUGUUUUUAUUCGUAGUAAUGAUGCUUAAUAUUAGAAAGAUUGAAAAAGAUAGUAGUUUUUAUUUGACUAUCGGUAUUUUUCUUUUGUUAUCAUAUUUAUUACAAUUAUUUUUUAUUUUUUUUCAUGACAAUUUAAUAUAUAUACCACGGCUUUUUAUGUUUGAUUUAAAUUUAUUUUCAUUUUCUAGUAUUUCUUUACUCGAUGAAUCUGCACGGUUUCUUAUAAUUAAAAAAAUAGGUAUUCUAUUAUACUAUGAGUAUUUUUUUUUUUUACUUUUUGGAGCAUUGAUACUAUUUGCUGCAAUGAUAGGUGCCAUUUAUCUAACUAACGAAAAGCAAGGCUAUUCCAUGAGACAUCAGUACGAUCAAUUAGCACGUAAUCAUUAUAUUUUUAACGUUUCUAUAUAUUAA